AUGGCGACUCAGGAUCCCUCGGUAAAUGCACAACUGAUCAGAAGCUUGGAGGAUGCAUGCAAAAUGAACAAGGGCGAUAAGAAGCGAUCCUUCACUUGCAAGAAAUCGACCUUUCCAGUUGAGGGGACCGACGGGGUGACCGUGGAUUCCUGGAAAUUCAUGGACUGGGACUACAAACGCUCGGACCUUCCCACCUAUGCCCGUGGCUUGUUUACCACGAGGAGGAAAGACCGCAUUCCCGAGAUCGCCGUGCGCGGAUACGACAAGUUCUUCAACGUGGAUGAGACCAACAAUACCCGGUGGAGGAACAUCGAGAACAACACGCGCGGUCCGUACGAGCUCAGCGUGAAGGAGAACGGGUGUAUCAUCUUCAUCUCUGGUCUGGAGGAUGAUAAGUUGCUGGUGUGCAGCAAGCACUCAACCGGUGUCCGCCAGGAUGUUUCUCUCAGUCAUGCGCAGGCCGGAGAAAAGUGGGUGGAACGGCAUGUGUCUACGGUGGGCCGCUCGUCCAAAGAUCUGGCAAGGACCCUGCGCCAGAUGAACGUCACUGCAGUCGGGGAGCUCUGCGACGACAGCUUCGAGGAGCACGUUCUGGCCUAUGACCCGGAGUCGGCUGGAAUCUAUAUUCACGGCCUUAACUACAACCUGCCCGAAUUUGCCACAAUGUCGGGCGAGAAAGUGCAUGAGUUUGCCGAUGCCUGGGGUUUCAAAAAAGCCAAGUUUGAGGUCUUUGAUGAUAUUGUCAAGGUCCAGGGCUUCCUCGAGGGUUGUGCGGAAACGGGGACAUGGGAUGGACGCGAGACCGAAGGGUUCGUGAUCCGAUGCCAAAUGAGCGAGGGCGGCAAAGGGUUGUACCGGGACUGGUUCUUCAAGUACAAGUUUGAGGAACCCUAUCUGAUGUACCGGCAAUGGCGUGAAUGCACCAAGGCCGUCAUUUCGGGGAAGCUCCCUCGGAUCAAGAAGCAUGAGCAGAUUACCGAAGAGUAUCUCAAGUUCGCCCGGAGAAGAUUCAUCGAAAAUCCCAAGCUCGCCAAGGAAUAUGUCAACAACCACGGCAUCAUUUCCUUACGAGAGGAGUUUUUGAAAGAGCGGGGUAUGAAGGGAUCUGAGGUUAUUGCCAUGGAAGCUCAAAAGCAGAGCCAGGGCCCGGGCCAGGAUGUCAGCCGUAAUGUCAUCCUUGCCCCGAUUGCCUCGUUGGGGUGUGGAAAGACGACGGUGGCGCUGGCCCUCGUGCGGCUAUUCGGCUGGGCCCAUGUCCAGAACGACAACAUCCCCAAGCAAAAGGGCAAGCCGAAGAAGUUCGCCUUUAUGAUCGGCAAUGCUUUGGCGGCAAGUCCUGUCGUGAUUGCUGAUCGGAACAAUCACCAGAAGCGCGAAAGACAGCAGUUGAUGGAUGAUAUAUACCCCGUGAUUUCAGAUGCGCAGUUUGUUGCUCUGCAUUACGUCCACGAACCGAAGAGAGAGCUGCUACCCUCUAUUAAGGAAAUCACCCGGAAGCGGGUUCUUGACCGAGGCGACAACCAUCAAACUAUUCGAGCUGGUACCAACAGCCAGGGAGAGAUCAUCGGGAUCAUGGACGGAUUCCUGAACCGCUUCGAGGGCAUCGACACGAGCCGACAGCCCGACGAGAACUUCAACCAUGUCAUCGAUCUAGAUGUGAGCGCAUCUUCUCGCGAGAACCUGGAGGUCGUCGUCACAGCCUUGCAUGCCGCAUACCCUCGAUUGAUACCAGAAAUGCCCUCGGCUGCCCAGCUAGAUGCUGCCAUUGAAGCCUCCAUGCACGAUUACCACGUCCAGGAGGACCUGAGUGCCAGCUACGCCUCACACGACCGGAAGCAGAAGAACCAGCCCAAACAUCCCAAUGGCCCCGUCUCACCCCAACCUUCCCAACCCUUGGGCCCCUCUCCGGCAGCCCUAGCCAAGAAAAUCGAAUACUUCUCCAUCGCCGUCCCCGCUCCCCAAAUCACCUCGCUCCUCCAUUCCCUCUUCCCACCCUCCACACCCCCCGAAACCGCGCGCCUCUACAACCAACUCAUCAACUCGCGCCGCCUCCAGGCCGCCUUCCACGUCACCCUCAUCCACCGCGCCUCGAAGAAGGACCACCCGGAACUCUGGGACCGCUACGCCGACCAGUACAUCGACGCUCUGACCAAGCAUGCGCACGACAUCCCCGACCCCGUCAACCGCCCGCCGGCACUGGGUCCCGCUCGCGUCCGCCUCGAGCGUCUAAUCUGGGAUCACCGCAUCAUGGCCUUUGUCGUACGCAUCCUCCCCGCUGACUCGGUACCGGCUGCUCAAGCUCCUGACUGGCCCUGUGCUAACUCCAUCCCGCACAUCACUGUCGGCACGGCCGGGCCCGAGAUCAAGCCCAAGGAGAGCAACGAUCUCCUGCGCCGGUGGCUGGAUGUGGGGUCGGGUGGAGAGACGGGCAUUUUCGAGGUUGAGGUCUCAGGUGUCAAGGUUGUGGAUGGCUCGGCGGGGUUGGUCAUGAGCCUGGGCAAGUAUUGA